GCAGGCCAGUCCUGGCAGCUCGAGACGCAGCAGAAGAUGAAGAGGACAUGAACUGAGCUGAAGUCGCUCGGGACGGACAGCUUCUUAUCUUGUAGACGGCGUCAUGCUGCAUCUUUCGCGCCCCCUACUGGCCGCCUGCCUGUACCUGCUGCUGCCCUGGGGCCAGGGCAGGACCUUCGGCUACAACAACGGGUUUCACUACCAGGACAUCAGCAACGGGGAUGGAAAUGGAGAGAUUUAUUUCAGUGGGAUUCGCCUCCAUGUGGAAUCGCCCCAGCAUUUGGUCUCGGCCACCAGGGGGAGCAGCGUCACCCUUCCCUGUCACUACCGCUAUGAACCCGAACUGACCGCGCCGCGCAGGACCCGGGUCAAAUGGUCCUGGUUACCCGCCAGCUCCAUCACCACGAACGAAGCCUUCGCCUUGGAAACUGAAGUUAUGGUCGCCAUGGGCAACCGCCAUCGCAGCUCCGGCAGCUUCAAAGGCCGAGUGCGCCUGCGUCGCUCGGCUCCAGGGGACAUGUCUCUCGUGAUAAAUGAGCUGCAGCUGAACGACACCGGGCGGUACCGCUGCGAAGUGAUCGAUGGCCUAGAGGAUGAAAGCGUGACGGUGGAGCUGGAGCUGAGGGGUGUUGUGUUCCCCUAUCACUCUCCGAAAGGACGCUACCAUCUGAACUUCUUUGGUGCCCAACAAGCGUGCCUGGAUCAAGAUGCCACUCUGGCUACGUUUGAGCAGCUCCUCUCGGCCUGGGAGGACGGGCUGGACUGGUGCAACGCCGGCUGGCUGGCCGACGGCACCGUGCAGUACCCCAUCACCGCCCCACGGCACGGCUGCGGAGGUGAAAGUUCGGCUCCCGGACUCCGCAGCUAUGGACCCAAACACCGCCUCUUCCACCGAUUUGACGCUUUCUGCUUCUCGGCCUCCAUGAAGGGGAUCGUUUACCACUUAAACUACCCGAGACGGCUGAAUUUCACAGAAGCAGCCCAUGCAUGUGCCAGAGACGGGGGCCGGGUCGCCAAAGUGGGCCAGCUGUACGCCGCCUGGAAGCUGAAGGGACUGGACCGCUGCGACGCAGGCUGGUUGGGCGAUGGGAGCGUGCGUUAUCCCAUCACAAACGCCAGGGCUAACUGUGGCCCGUCACAGCCAGGGGUGCGUAGCUUUGGGUUCCCAGCUCCACACAUGAAAUUUGGCGUGUACUGCUACCGACUUACGACUUACGACGAACCUGGAUCCAAAUAGGCAAGAAGACAGUUCCUGUAUCUCUUUAUUUUUUUAAACGGACAAGGUGACCUUUAAAAAAAUUUUAUUUCAAUGACUGGUGAAACAUCUCUGAGACAAUGCAGAAAAUCAUCCGACCCCCCGCCCACAAAAAUCUAGAAAUGUUUACAUCUUCUUUGUGGAAAAUUUCCACCUCGGCUAUUGGAGCAGCACUACAAAUACUUGCUUUUAUCAUUCACAUUAACACCAGUCAGUGGCAGCUGCUUGAUAGGAUAUUAUUACAGUUUUACCUUUCGUCCACAGAUUUCCACACUGUGUUUGUUUGGGACUGUAUGGGCGCUGUCUUUUAAAGAAUUGCUUUAGCAUAUGUCUGUGGUAAAGCUACUGUGGUAAAAGUACGAAUGACAAAACCACUCUGUUGUAAUAUAGAAAAUUACCUUGUAAAAGAAGAAUCCGAACUCUUGUCAAACGCACGCCCUUUUUUUGUAUUGUCUAUGCAUUUGUGAUAUUUUCUAUGAAUAAAAACCCUUCUGUAAAUAUUUAUUUGCAAAUAUAUUUAAACAAGAUUCUACAAAACUCAUUUAUCCCCUUUGUGUUAGCUCGAUAUGCUAAUCACGUCGACUGUUUUUGCUUGAAAAAUGAAAACAAGACGACAAAAUUGUGGCACAUAUUUAAAUUGAUUGAUGCUCCUAAUUUCCAGCGCCCUCUGAAUUCCUCCCUCACAAAACCCACAAAACUCACAGAACCAGAAACUAGGAAUAGAACACAAAACAGGCCACAACUCACCGUCAAAGUACCAAAGAAGAACGGGGCCAAUUAAAAAAAAACAACAAAAAAACAGUUCUGACCUUUUUCUCAGGAUUCUAUGUAGGUGUAUCAGGGCCAUUUUAGGAGGAAAAGGAACACUAAAUUUAUACCUACAAGCUCAUAAAUUUUUAGAUUAAUCUCAGAAAUAUUUCAGAAAACAAACUUUAAAAUUUCUGACUUUUGGAAAUGCUGCAUAUUCAAAAGUUUAUGCUAGAAAACCUCUGAGAUUCUCAAAAUUAGAUUUUUUUUUCUAGCAAUUUUUUUAAGCUAAAAUUUUCAACUUUUUUUCUACAAAAUUUCCAGGAUUAAUUUCAGAAUAAUUUUUUCUCUAGCAAUUUAUUCCCUUCUUUCUGCAGUGGCCCUAAUACACGGCAUUCUGACUUUAAUUUCAGAAGUAAACGUUACAAUUGUGAGGAUUAAAAAGUCAUUUUUCUAAUCCGGUGGCCCUAGUCCUUGUCUGUAUGAAAGAGACUAAAAUACAAAGACAAAAAAGGAGCUCAGAGACGGGAGCGAGAGAAAACAGGAAGUAAAGAGGACACGGCGUUUCCAAAGUAAAACAGGACGAGGAACGUUACACCUACCUGUGCAGAACACACCUUUACAUUUCAAUCUACAGCAUUUUCCUCAGUGACUAGAACGAUGAAUAAACAACGUAAAUCGGUGUAAACCUGCUGCCAUGCAUGACCUCAUAUCUCAGCACGCCUCUCCCCAAAGACGCAGCACCGCAUCCGCACAGAGCCGCUCUGUUCACGGGCGCUGCCGCCAUAAAGGUAGUCACUGUAGCAGCCGAUGAAGGAGCCAUUUAUUACGUGUUUUUUUUUUUUUUUUUUUUCAUGGUUAAGUCGCACCGGAAGGGCAAAAGAAAACAAACAAAUAAAAGUCCGGUUUGUGCUUCAGUCUACCUGAAAUGUCGCAACUUCAAGGAAAACCGUUUCUAGGAAAAGACGAGGAUUAUAUGAAUCUGUGCGUGUGAUCUGGUGGGGUUAAAGCUUCCGCGUUGACAGAUGAGAAAUAAAACCACUGAGACGAAUAAGGCCAAUGUUUUAUUGGGUGAUCUGGUCCAGGAUUCAGAAUCUGGACCAGAUCCCAGCGGUAGUUGCGCAUGUUUAGUUAGUUUGUUAAGGUGUUUCUAAACCAGCAGCAGGCAAAAACACUGAUAGCACUUUUAAAAAAAAAAUAUUUUAUGACCUCUAUUAUCUUGAGGCGCCCCGAUAAAACUGCACCACACUCUGAACAGACUCUUGCCAACCCUGGUUACGUCCGAAUAGACACGUCUCUUUUAUUCGGUUCUCUCUGAUGGCUGACGCAAGCGUUGACCUUAAAUGCCUCACAGCCUCAUCCUUAAAAAUGAAGAUACGGCUACAUCUUAAAAUAAAAUCCAGCUACAAUCUGAGGCUUUAAUGAAAACAUGAAAUCCUCCUCUGGCUCUGACGACUCAACCGCUCUGCAAAACUCGUCCACGAUAAAUACUGUAAGUCACAAUACAAUUUGAACAAACAAAACAAAAAGUUAAAACUGCCUGCACUGCGCAAGUUAUGGACAGAUCCUGCUGUUCAGAAAAAGAAAAAAAAAAACAACAUGGCGGAUAUUUACAGUGCGCAACCCGUCCCAGGUCAAACGCUGGUGUUCUCACGACAUAAACAACGGCGCCGGUUCGCACUUGAGGAACCAUAAAUAAGGAGUGUGUGAAACUUCUUUUUACAUUUCCAAAAUGCCCGACAGAUAUUCACUGAAUAGUUCACAUUUUGUCAUCACAAACCUCGAUGUAUUUCAACCUACUAUAAAGUACUGAAUAAAAAAAACAAACAAAAAAAAAAAAACAAGAAGCAGAAUUCUAUAUGUUUUAAAAAAAAAACAACAACAAAAAAAACCCACACAAAUCUAUUAGGAAAGCAAAUCUGAACAGGAUAUCCGUUUAGUGAGACGGUGGCAGCAUUAUGGUGUGGGGAUGCCUUUAUUAGCGACAGUGAGGCUUGGUGGGAAGACGGAUGGAAAGCCCUUUAUUUUGAAAAAUAAUAAUAAUAAUUAAAACGUGUAUCAUAAUCCUUCCUUUUUCUUUUGCUGUUACGCACCACUUCUUGUUAUCACAAAUUAUACAUUAGAGUCUGUUCAAUUGUAAAAAUGCUGUUUCAAGGCACUGUUUUCCUGCCAUUUCUAAAAAAAUAAAAAAUAAAAAAAAAAGAGAAUUUUAUUUUCUUUUUGAAUACAGUUUUAAGGUUACAGCCGAGUAUUGGGGCUACGCUAACGAAACGCAAAAAAA